GAAGAAACCGCCACCUCCAAUGCACAAGGUGUCACAUUUGAAAAGAAACCUGAGCCCCAGGGAGGCGGCGCAGAGCGACCCGGGCCCGGCAAGCGCUAACUGCGCGGCAGGGCGCUGGGCAGCGCUGGAGAACCCGGAGAGCUCCACCGCUGAACAUCCUAGCGACCUGAUUCUGGGAUCUCGGCUCCACGCUCCCUUCGCAAUUUUCAGAUUUCUCCCCCUUGAUUAUCAACCCAAAACGGAGCCUUUAUACCAGAAGGUGCCUGAGCUGGGACAACCAGGACUUUCCCGGGCACCCAAGAUGCGCUCCAUUAGAAAACGGUGGACCAUCUGCACUAUAAGUCUACUCCUGAUCUUUUAUAAGACAAAAGAAAUAGCCAGAACUGAGGAGCACCAAGAGACGCAACUCAUCGGAGAUGGUGAACUGUGUUUGAGCAGAUCACUUGUCAACAGCUCUGAUAAAAUCAUCCGGAAGGCUGGCUCCACCAUCUUCCAACAUUCUGUACAAGGCUGGAAAAUCAAUUCUUCUUUAGUCCUGGAGAUAAGGAAGAACAUUCUCCGUUUCUUAGAUGCAGAACGCGACGUAUCUGUGGUCAAGAGCAGUUUUAAGCCUGGUGAUGUCAUACACUAUGUGCUGGAUAGACGCCGGACACUAAAUAUUUCUCAUGAUCUGCAUAGCCUUCUGCCUGAAGUUUCACCAAUGAAAAACCGCAGGUUUAAGACCUGUGCGGUUGUUGGAAAUUCCGGCAUUCUACUAGACAGUGGAUGUGGAAAGGAGAUUGACAGCCACAAUUUUGUAAUAAGGUGCAAUCUAGCUCCCGUGGUGGAGUUCGCUGCUGAUGUGGGGACUAAAUCAGAUUUUAUUACCAUGAAUCCAUCAGUUGUGCAAAGAGCAUUUGGAGGCUUUCGGAAUGAGAGUGACAGAGAAAAAUUUGUGCAUAGACUCUCCAUGCUGAAUGACAGCGUCCUUUGGAUUCCUGCCUUCAUGGUCAAAGGAGGAGAGAAGCACGUGGAGUGGGUUAAUGCAUUAAUCCUUAAGAACAAACUGCAAGUGCGGACUGCCUAUCCAUCACUUAGACUUAUUCACGCAGUCAGAGGAUACUGGCUGACUAACAAAGUUCCUAUCAAAAGACCUAGCACAGGUCUCCUUAUGUAUACACUUGCUACCAGAUUCUGUGAUGAAAUUCACCUCUACGGAUUCUGGCCAUUUCCCAAGGAUCUGAAUGGAAAAGCUGUCAAAUAUCAUUACUAUGAUGACUUAAAAUAUAGAUACUUUUCCAAUGCAAGUCCUCACAGGAUGCCAUUAGAAUUUAAAACAUUGAAUGUGCUACACAAUAGAGGAGCUCUAAAACUGACCACAGGAAAGUGCAUGAAGCAAUAAGGCUCACUUUGAAGGAUAAAAACUGAACAAAGACUUUUUAAAAAAAAAAAAAAAAAAAAAAAAAAAAAAAAAAAAAAUGCUUCUGGAGAUUUAGAAACAGGAUCCAAAAUAAGGCUGGGUUUCAGCAUCCACCACUUGACUGAGUAGCUGAAAUGGAAGUCUAUGUGAAUCCACCACCAGCUGAUGAAAAACAUGCAAAGUGCUCUGACUAUAUAAUAUUCUGACUUCAAGGGUCCUAGUAAGUGCCACUUCCAUGAAGAAUACAGUUUGAAUGUAUUAUCAGUAGUGUUUACAAGAUUCAACAGUGCACUCAACAUCAGUUAGCAAAGCAAAUGUGUUCAUCACUGUGGGGCAGCCACUGUAAUGCCAAGCACACUGGAAGAAGGAACCCAGGAGCACAACUCAGCCCUUGGGAAGUGAAAACAUCCUUAAUAGAAAUGAAGAAGAAGAGAGUUCAAGCAGUGAAAUCCAUGACUUGAAGCAACUUGGGGAAAUGCUUUCAGUCAGGACACUGAGAAUGCUCAUGUUUACGUUCUGCUUAUAUUCUUGUUUGUCUUCUGACAUUUAUUUUGGUUUGGGUUUGGGAUGCUUAGAAAUUCAUUUGAGAAACAGAAAUGGGAAACACCUAUGAAUGAGAAAAAAUGAACAUCAAACAGUCCUUUCUAAAGUCCUUAUUUUUUUUUAAACAAUGGUCACACCAAACUUAUGCUUGUUUGUUUGUUUUACUUUGCACAACUCUAAAUCUCUGUUUUAUAGAUCAAUGGUGUAGUGGGUACCAGCCAAACUAUACCAGUCAAUAUUCGUAAACUAUUACGAAGGAGUGAUAUUUGAAAAAAUGGUAAAAAUAGUAGAAGAGUUUCACUCUUGGUACCAAAGAUUAUAUCAUGUUCCUACACAGAAAGCCACUCUCCUGUUAUAAAGAGAAUGUAUUAUUAACAUGAACACAUUUAUAUGAUGUUAAUAGGAAUCUCGGCUCUGCACAGUUAAAAAAUUUUCAAAAUCAAACAUUAUUUUUAAUUUAUUUCUUUGACAUUUCAUCACAAUUUUGUGGAAAUCCAUGGUCAUGUAGAUUGUUGUAUUGAAGUAACUGAAAUGAGACUUCUCAUUCAGGGAAAUCAUCUUGGCUAUUCAGGUGCAGAGAUCAAUAUAAACCACUUACUAUUAUUUUAAAAUUUCUCUCCACAAAAAAAGAUGAUUAACUGAGUGUUGUUUUCAUAACAAAUGAUUAAUUCAAAGCAGUUUAACAAUAACACAUCAAUAUUGCGUCAAUUGAAUUCAGUUAACAAGGAUUUUUGUGUAGUUAAGUAUAGUUCCAUUAUGACUGCAUUUUUAAAGGAACACAAACUUACUCAUAGAGUGACUUACUAACUUACAUAUGUGACUGAAUUGACUGGUGGCCAGGCUUUCUGUUUCUUUUGAAAGCAGAACUAUAUUCUCACUUCUGCUUUUGCCUGCAGCAACUUAACAUGACUUUCUGUUUCUUGGGGAAGGCAAUCAGAAGAAAGCAGAAAUGGCAUGAAAAAUGUGUAUGUUUUGUUUUUCUAAGUUAGGCAAUCUAAAAUGAAUGAAGAGCACAGCAAAGGUAUACAUAUAUAUUAUAUAUGUAUUCAUAUUAUGGACAAGGAUAGUCAGGUAAUACAAUUACCGAAUUUUUAAUAAUAGCUGCAAUGUUUUUUUUUUUUUUAAAACAGUGACAGUAUCUCAGGAUAAAAAUAACAGUUUCUGAGAAUCCAUGUAUCUAUCAGAAAGGAAAAGAGAAUGGAUAUGGGCAUUUCAUAACCAGUAUAAAUUAUCUCAAUAUACCUUUAUCAUUAAUUUUCUUUUUGAUUUAGAAAUUCAAUAAAUUUAAUAAAAAGUGUUAAAUAUGUGUUAUUUAGAUGUUAAAUUGAAAAUCUAAUACACUGGAUGUUUGAACAUUGGAUAAUAUAUAAAACUUACUUUGACUCUAUGCAGACCUGUGUCCCCACCAACAGCUAACGUGAAUUCCUUAGAAAUCCAGAGGUCACGAGUAAAUUCUGACAAGUAAAUCCUAUCUUGGCACUCAUUCAAAGUAUGUAUUUGAAAGCAGCAGCAUAUACCGUCUUGAUUGAAAUUUUAAGAAGGAAAAAGAGAUGUGUUUAGACAACAUUUUGGCCACAGUAAGCACAGCUUAGCCAUCCACUCUUGCAUGCAUUGAUAUCUAUCUCUUACAUGCAUUGGGUAGUGCCUUUUAAUGUCUUUGCAUUGAUUCUUCACCCUCUGCUUUGUGUUUCCUAAAUGCUUGCCCAGUUAGGGAAAUGUUCAGUAUCAAAGGGCUUCAGAUUUAAGAGAUAACUACUUUUGUUCAUCUCAGGGAACUUUCAGUUCGUAAGAAUGAAUUCAAUUAAAGACAUUUAGUACUCAAAGAGGAAAUAUUGUGUGAGAUUGUUUCAUCCUCACACACACACCUUUUCAUUUGCCAUCACUGCUGAAUCCCUAUUAUGGUUCUCUUACAGAAGGUUGGCAAGGAGAAAAUUGAAGACUGACAGUAGGGAAAAGAGAUCGAAUUUAACACACAUGAUGGCAUAAGGGAUCAUAACAAAAUCAAAUUAUAAGCAUAUACUUGAACUAUCUGUGAUUUCCUUAAUAUGGUAUGCUAACAGCUUUGUUUUAUUUCCUUUUUCUAAUAUUUUAAUCAUGCACCUGGGAAUACCCAAGUAGCUGACUGUGAAAUAUCCCAGUCACUGAGCUAACAUGAUUGCUACUGUGCUUUUGACAUGAGCAGACCAUGGAAAUAUUCUCAUCAUUGCAACUCAGCAUAAACUAUACUUAAUAGUAAGUUGUUGAAAGAAAAUAUGAAUCAAUAAUAGAUUUUCAGAGCAAAUCUAGUGAUUUAGCCCACAGGACCCAUGAAAGUACUGUGGAAGUUUUCCUCACUUGGAGAAGGUGCUGGGCAUUCAAAUGUCUUCAUGUGUUGUAUAUCAUAUGAACUGUAUAUCGAUUGUUAAUGAAAAUCUCCACAUAUAUCCUUACAGAAAUGCUUUAUUCAUGAAAUGCUAAGGGUAGUGUACAGACAAGUGAGUUACUCAGUUACUAUUCAAGAAAGGGUAAGCAAAGUAAUUUAUUUAUAAUUGUGCCAAUUAGUCAUAAUACAUAUUAUGUGAUAUUUGGUUCACAGAGUUGUUUUCAUGUGAUAAUAUAAAGACUAUCUAUAGUUGUGGAGGGGGAUGGAAAAGUUGUGUAUAGUUAGCUGGUAUCUCUACAAGUUUGAGAGUUUCCCCAUUAAAUGUUAUCAAUAUACCAAGGUUUUAAUAAAAACAAGUAAGAUUAAUUAUUUGUAUUGGAUAAACAAACUCCAAAUACAACCCAUCUAGAAAUAGAUAUUUUAUUAUAUAUGUGCUAUAAAUAUACCUAUAUAGUACAAAUAGACAUGUGUGAUGCAUAUAUACCAUGUUAUAUAUGUAUAUCUGUGUGUACACACUGAUUCCGUAAUAUGUGCACAACUAGAUGUGUGUUAUAUUGAUAUCUUCAGGGUCUGCACUGUGAACUAUCCUGGAGAUCAUGGCCACUUUAAAAACAGAAGUUCUUUUGAAACUUCAUUUACUACUCUGCUUUAAGAAAGACCUACUUUGUAGCUGAAUUAUAUGUUCUUUCCUAGAGUAAUAGUAAGCAACUAGUAUGUUCAAUCUUUCAAAACAAAAGUAAAGGAAAAAAUAUCUUCAAGCUGGCAAUGUAUUUAUUUAAAUUGCGUUUUUUUAAUUGUUGAUCUAGAUUGUGUUUCUCUUUUAUGUAGCGCCUUUUAAGAAAUACUGUUUUUUGUGUAGGUGAAAGCACAAAUGUUUUUAAUGUAUAUAACAAGAAGAGAAAAAAAAUGAGUUUACAGAUAGCUUUGCUGCGUAAGAUAAUUGCUACUGAGUCUUUCUUAUACCAUCUGUGGAAAGGAAGGAUGACGCUUACUCUGUAGGUUCAUUCUGAUCAACAAUAUCUUCUGUUGUUUGUGCAUAGCAAUGGACUGUUACUGCUUUAUCAUUUGUACAAUUGUAAAAUAAAUUAAAUGACUUGUUUUUCAA